AUGGGGUCAAACACACUUGGGAAGGCUGCAACAUUAGAUGAGCUUUUGAAUGCUUGUAUUGAAAUGUUUGAUGACAAAGGAAAUCGAUGCUCCAACCAUUUGCCAAGAACCUUUCUUUUAAUGCAUCGGUGGUAUCUGCCUUCCACAGAGCUGGCUGGCAAGCUUCUGUCCGCAUAUAGAGAUGCCAAUGGGGAGAACUGCAAUGAAAUCAGAUUAAAAAUCUUCUAUUUCAUGAGAUACUGGAUUUUGGAAUUUCCUGCAGAGUUUAACUUGGAUCUUGGACUGAUUCGUUUGACUGAAGAGUUUCGAGAACUAGCCAGCCAGCUCGGCUAUGAGGAUCACAUCCAUCUCAUUGAUAUCUCCAGCAUUCCUUCGUAUGACUGGAUGAGAAGAGUUACACAGAGGAAGAAGAUUUCCAAGAAAGGCAAAGCCUGCCUGCUGUUCGACCAUCUGGAGCCCAUUGAGCUAGCUGAACAUCUCACUUUUCUGGAGCAUAAAUCUUUUAGGAGAAUUUCUUUCACAGACUACCAAAGCUAUGUGAUCCAUGGCUGCUUGGAGAACAACCCUACUUUGGAGAGAUCUAUUGCUUUAUUUAAUGGUAUCUCCAAAUGGGUCCAGCUCAUGGUUCUCAGCAAACCAACACCCCAGCAAAGGGCAGAAGUAAUCACAAAGUUUAUCAAUGUUGCACAGAAGCUCCUUCAUCUCCAGAAUUUCAACACACUGAUGGCAGUUGUGGGAGGUCUAAGCCACAGCUCUAUUUCUCGCCUGAAAGAAACUCAUUCUCAUCUGUCUUCAGAAGUCACAAAGGACUGGAACGAAAUGACAGAGCUGGUCUCUUCCAAUGGAAACUACUGCAACUACCGCAAGGCUUUUGCUGACUCUGUUGGCUUCAAAAUUCCUAUUUUAGGAGUUCAUUUGAAAGACUUGAUUGCUGUCCAUGUCAUUUUUCCUGACUGGAUAGAUGAGAACAAAGUUAACAUAGUGAAAAUGCAGCAGCUUUCCAUCACCUUGAGUGAACUGGUUUCCCUGCAAACUGCUUCUCAUCAUUUAGAACCUAAUAUGGAUUUAAUUAACCUGCUAACUCUGUCCCUGGACCUCUAUCACACCGAGGAUGACAUCUACAAGCUCUCACUGGUGCUGGAACCAAGGAACUCCAAAUCUCAGCCUACCUCCCCGACGACCCCUAACAAGCCAGUAGUGCCACUGGAGUGGGCAUCUGCAGUGGUACCAAAACCUGACCCUACAGUCAUUAACAAGCACAUACGAAAGCUGGUGGACUCUGUCUUUAGGAACUACGAUCAUGACCACGACGGCUAUAUUUCUCAGGAAGACUUCGAAAGUAUAGCUGCCAACUUCCCCUUUCUGGACUCUUUCUGUGUGCUGGACAAAGACCAAGAUGGUCUUAUAAGCAAAGAAGAAAUGAUGGCUUACUUUCUGAGAGCUAAAUCACAGUUCCAGUGUAAAAUGGGACCAGGGUUUAUUCAUAACUUUCAGGAGAUGACCUAUCUUAAACCAACUUUCUGUGAGCACUGUGCAGGAUUUCUCUGGGGUAUAAUCAAACAAGGCUACAAAUGCAAAGAUUGCGGUGCCAACUGUCAUAAGCAAUGCAGAGACCUGCUUGUGCUGGCCUGCAGGAAAUUUUCCAGAGGAACCUCAGUAGGCAGCAACCAUGGCUCUCUGCCGAGCAGUCCGUCUCUGCCUCCAGUCCAAGAUGAAGUAUUUGAAUUUCCCAGUGUUGCUGCAGAACACCAGGACCUGGAUGGCAGAGCUAUCACCCUUGUCACUGGCUCUUCUCGGAAAAUUUCGGUGCGGCUGCAGAGGGCGACCACCAGCCAAGCAACGCAGACAGAACCGCUGUGGCAUGAGCCAGGCUGGAAUGAUUCAGGUUCCCAUACUUUCCCCAAAAUGAAGUCCAAGUUCCAUGGCAAAGCUGGGAAGAACAAAGGCUUUGCAAAGUGGGAGAAUGAAAAGCCCAACGUGCAGGCUGAUAUAGAGCUAGAAGCCGAGGCCCCACAACACAUACAGGAUCACAACGGAAUAGAAACCCUCCCAGAAAGACAAGAAUCUGAGGAUAGCUGAUUGCUCACCCUGUAGCACGGAAAAAUGAAGAUGACAACUGUCAUAC